GGGGGGGUGACGGUGUAGCCCAUCGGCCAGUGAAUCGUUCUGUUUGUUGUUUGGUUCGGUGGUCACGGGUGUGCCAAGUGCUCGCACAUGUCGGAGCCAAGUGCAGCGGUGGCCCCGCGAGAAGUUGGAUUUGGCGGGAGUCGGAGCGCCCGGAGGUGGAACCGGACCGUGACACCGGCAGCUGGUCGAGCGGAGCACGUGUGUGCGCGCCGCUGCUGCCAUUGACCGGCCAGGCCAGUCGACGAAAGUGCCGCUCGACAAUCUUAUCUCCCGUGUCCUUCGAGGACAAUUGGUGAAAAUGCAAAAAGUGUUUCAGUGAUGUGAAAAUAUGGAAGCUAUUUGCAACGGCAGCGGUCCCACGCGAAUACACGGCAAAACAAAAGGGAGCAUUAUGUUGACUUUUUCGAAAAGUAAAGAUAUUGUAAAACCAUUAAAAAUUGUUGAAAAUGGUGAUAAACAUGAAGAAGUAACCAGUGAAAAAAUUCGUGUAGAAAUGGAUCCUUACAUGGAGCUGGAAAUGUAUCUCGCCAAAGUAAAUGAGGAGAUUGGUGAAAUCAUAGAGUCGGCUUCGCCCGUCAUAGAGGAGGAGCGUCGAGUGUCACGUCGGCCGUCGCGUAACGUCGUCGAUCCCGCCGCCAGCCAACCGACGGGCACCGCACGUCUCGUCAACGGCGACACCAGUGGAAAUAAUAGCGUCAAGCGUAGAAGGCAGUUGGAGCUGUACAAUAGGAACGAGGCACUGAAUAACUGGUCGGAGAAUAUCCUUGCAGAGUUCAAUAGUAUCAUAGCCAACGAGAUAAGCGAGUUGACCAAGGUAAAGAAGGAGCACGUGCUCGAAGGGCCGAAGCAACGUUACAGAGAACUUUUAGAGGAGUUGGGCAUUUCGGAUAGUGGCAGCUCCGCGGAUGAGGAGGGUAUCACCAAAGAUCGCAAGCCAGUCGACGACCAUGACGAGGAGGACGACGCAAGUGCGAGAAUGACGAGUCGCCAUCAGUAUAUGCUGAACUCGGAUUAUGACGAACCAAACGACCAGAUCGGCUCACCUCGGAGAUUCAGCGACGCUCUGCCAGAGGAUUUCGACGACUCCUUCAACAAUACGACCUCGGAUUAUGACGAGCCCAGCGGCUGUCCCGACUCACCCUCGUCCAACGAACUGCUGCGCAGCAAGCGAACUAGUUCUAGUCUACCAAGCGGCUUCAACGCGCGCUUCGCUUUACCAAAGAGUAGUGUAACGAAAGCUGGGAAGAGCAACGCGCCUCGAGCGAAGCCAUUGACCGACCCGAUGCCGAGAUCCAGUCGAAUGCUGAGGGCCUUUGCGAGAUCGAAGGGAGGCGCCGAGGAUCCUAGGGCGCAAUUGCCACCACAGCCGUUCAGCGAUCCGAGGAGGAAAGCGAAUUUAGCGAGCGGUAGCCAGGUGGCGUCGCAAAGGAACCGAAUCACGACGAGCCAUUACGGGAGGAUCCAGAAAUUGAAGCCCAGUGGUGGGAGCCAAGGGGAGCCUGAUUACGAAGAGAUUCGCGAGAUUCGCGAAUACGAGGCUAUCGGUCGAUCUAAGUCAUUGGAAAAUAAUAUGCCAAAGUCGGCGCCCAGCACACCGACGGAGAUCAAGAGAACACCGUUCUCGAGGUUCUUGAAAAAGCAUAAGCACACCCCAGUUUAUAAGGAUUCUUCAGCGGAGGCAAUUUUGGUGAGGGUUUCGUCCCUGCCAGACCAAGAUUUAGUUAAUCUGUCGAAUGAUCGGAAAGAUCAUGUCCUUAAAGCUCAGAUUAUGUCGAUAUCCGGGAAUCGGGAGGCCGAGUCGUCGAGGAAAAUUCGAGCGAUUUCACCGUUGACCUUGCGAUCCAAUAUUACGGCUAAGAGGCUGUCCGAGUCGGACAAAGACGUCACGCGUAUAAGUCCGGUAGAAUUGCGCAAGUUUCACGUCGGAAAAUCCAAUGGUAACGACGUUGCGGUUGGCUGCGACUUUCCCGAGAUGAAUAAAACCGAGGUCGAUGGAAAUAUUGCUGCGAUCGAUGCCGAUGGGGAGAGAAGACCGGAAAAUGGAGACGUUAGAGCUCUUGCCGAUGAGCAAAAUUCAAGAUCAACUUCCUUACCCGUAUCACUACAAUCUUUACUCUCUCGAUUGACAAAAAGUGGUGGCUCAUGCUGCCCUAAUAGUCCACCUUUUGAAAGCCUGACCUACUCGGAUAUGGCAACCCAAACAUCUCCAGCUAUUUCUCGAAGUUCGAGCUUCACGUGGGUCAGCGAUUGUGAUUUCCCUCAUCACGAUGCAAGAUCUUUGCAAGACGAGACAAUUCCCAAUACAGCUUCACCGCAAAACACCGUUGACGACGACAACAGGUCAUCUUCGUCAUCCCAGGAUUUAUUACAAAGCAUGGACGAAAUUUCUUCCGGUAGUCUUUCACCUGAUACGACCGAUCGAGCCUCACCACUUGAGAGUGGAAUUGGAACCGCCAGUCCACCUCGAAGUACGGAUCGCCGUCUUGCGAAACCCUCGACGAGCAACACGACAGCCGACCCCUCGACCCCGACAACCUACCACCGUAAGGAAACCUGGGAGAGGAUUCGCCGACGACCUCCGAAGACGGGCUCCGGCCGGGAGCAGCUACGCGAGGAUCGCGACAGCGUAUGGAUAAAGCGUGAAAGUGUUCACACGCAAACGCGGCUCGAGGCGGGGGAGGCCCAUGAUGCCCAGGAUGCGGCGGUCGACAGCAGCAGCGGCCUCGACGACUCUUUGCCAAGAGCCAAGCCCAUCAGACCAAGCAAUCUGCCCCUUGAGAGCGUUUUAUGCAAGAAAGCAUAUAGUCGCGACGCUCACAUCCAAGUAUUCGUGGCAAUUUCUCUUACUUGCCGCAUCUCCGGGGAUUAUGCAAUUUUGAAUGAACGACGGUAG